AUGCUUGGAAAGCUCACCAAGAGCCAACUAGUGCCACCAGAGCCUAGUACUCCCACGAAGCCUCCACAUAAAUGGCUGCCAAAAGGCUCUCAUAAUUCCCGUUCUUGGGAUAGAAUCUCGGAUAGUUCCGGGGACCGCAGUUCAGUUCAGAGACCUACCCAUGGUCACGGGGAGCCAUCAUGGGAUACUCAGCGUGAAACCACGCCAUUCAAGUCAGCCGUUACAACCGACCUGCCCAUGAGCGACAUGCCACUGAACCCCGGGCUAACUAGUCAUUGCGACCCUGGGGUGCGACUAUUCUCUACUCUCGACAAUAAGUUUGGCAAUCUUCCACAAACGCACCAAUCCAGCAAUGGACGAUCGUAUAAGAGGCGUUCAUCCUUACUUAAUCUAGAAUAUCCUCCGAUUGAACCUGCUGAGACUGUCGGAUCGCAUAUACCACUGCUGCCUGCUGUCAAGAACACUCGUAUCACGAGUACGCAGCCGUUUGUUGAAUACUACGUUCCUAGCGGUAUACCGGAGUUGACCUCGGGGGCUGUUAAAGACCCAAUGCCGUAUCGUCCGCGGCGUUCUUCGGGUCUCAGGAUGAGUGUGUAUUUUGAUGCGGUUGAAGAUCAGGAUGCUGAGAAGCUCACCACAAUUAGGGAAGAUGAAGGGAUGGAAGUUGGGAGUGUCACAGUUAUUGGAAGCCCACAAAAGACCGGAGACACCAGCCCUGCUACUCCGGGAAAAGAGUGUAAUGGCAUCCAAGGCGGAGAAGACGAAAUUAGUGAAGAAGCCUCUCUCGACUGCGACUCAGAAAUGACCAACGAUUUUGACUACUCAUCCGAAGCCGAAAACAGCUCCAUAGUCGUCUUCCCCUCUUCCCCUCCCCCCCAACCCAGAUCACCUGGAGAACCCAGCCUUCACCCAUGUACCCACGCCACUCGAGACGACUCCCUGCGCCUAAAACGCGCCGCAAGAGCCCUCCUCAAGUACGAAGAAUCUGAGGGGAUAUACUCCCAUCUUAUGAACCGUGUUGAGCGAAUGGACUACAUGGAAAAGGAGGCCGCGGGCCAAGAGCGUCGUGUCCCUGCAACCUUAGGGCAGUCUGCAGGGAAGCUUCGGUACUUUCUUGGUAGGAUUCGGAAAGGGAGGGUUGAGACUGGGGAGCCGAUGUUGUUGGUGGAGCAUGAGUUGGAGUGGUUGGAGUGGAUUGUUGAGGCGAUUCAUACAGGUGUGAUUCAUGUUCAGACGAGGAGCUGUGUGUGUAGGGGGAAUUGGGGUGGGAGUAGGUGA